CAGCGGAAGGGUGCGUCUCUGUGGUAACGCGGAAGUACCAGAGGCCUGCGGCGGCGUGGGAGGUGGACCGGGUUCGGGCCGCGCCGUGCUGAGCCGGGCCGAGCCGGGCCGAGCCGAGCCGGGCCGGGCCGCUGUCACCUCGGCUUCCGCCGCCUCAGCCUCUCCCGCCUGCAGAUGGCGGCGGCGGAGACGCUGGUGCGUGGCCUGGCGCGGUUGCUGCAGGACGCGGGGGACCUCGUCCUGGACGGCUCCAGCACGCUGACGCUGCUCACCUCCACCCUGCAGCACCUCACGCAGGUCUUCGAGCAGCACUUGGGCUCCCGCAACCAGAACCGGGGCUUCGUGGCCCUGCCCUCGCACCCCGCCGAGACCGCCGCCAUCCUUCAGGCUCAGUUCCUCUUCGAUGUCCUGCAGAAGACUCACUCGUUGAAGCUUGUUCAUGUUCCAAGCUGUGUUUUGCAAUCUGCUGUGAAGAUCUUCCCUUUCAAGUCCCUCCGGCAUCUGGAACUGAGGUCUGUCCCUCCACACUGCCUCCGGGGACUGCGAUUUGUCUAUUCUCAACUGGAAUCUUUAACCUGUUGCAAGUGUAUCAAUACACUGGAGGAAAUCAUUUCAGCAUGUGGUGGAGAUCUGAGCUGUGCUCUCCCAUGGUUGGAAUUGCAGACUGUGAACUUCAGCUAUAACUCAAUCACUGCCUUGGAUGACUCACUGCAAUUACUGAAUGCCCUGAGAGUCUUGGAUUUGAGUCACAACAAGAUCCAGGAUUGUGAGCACUAUUUAAUGACCCUUACAGAACUUGAGUACCUCAAUCUGGCUUAUAACUUCCUGUCCAAGGUGCCAAACCUUGGUAUCUUCAGCCGAUCUAAGCUGGUGACUCUCAUCCUGCGAAACAAUGAGCUUGACAGCAUUAAUGGGGUUGAACAGCUAGUGAAUCUGCAGCACCUGGAUGUGGCCUAUAACUUGCUGCUGGAGCAUGCCCAGUUGGCACCAUUGUCCUCUCUGCACCGUGUAAAAAAACUGCAUCUGGAGGGAAACCCAUUAUGGUUCCAUGCAAACCACCGAUCUGCCACCCUUGUACAUCUGUCUCCCAGGGCAGCCUCCUUCAGUAAUUUCCUCUUGGAUGGGGAGCCACUGUCUUCCUCAGACUUAAUGCACCUUCCAAGACUUGUGCAAAGUGUGUCACAGUCAAUCCAUACUUCUACCUCAGAGAAAACUCUCCUGGACCGCAGUGCUCUGGACAGUUCCUGUGCUGCAGACUUCAGUGACAGUCCCUCCCCAGCAGAGAAUGUGGCUGUCAGGCUCCCUCGGAGGAAAAGCAAGGGAAAAGUCAAAGUACGCAGAGCGAGCAUUUCGGAGCCCAGUGACACAGAACAUGAGGCCCCGGCAUUACCUCUCUCUGCCGGCCUGGUCCUACAACAUCAGAAGGAGAUGAAGCGCUUGAGCAGCUUCAGAGAUCGUUUUGGUGUUGACUGGCUGCAGUACAAGAGACAUCUAGAGAAGAAUGACCAAGUACCUGUCAUCUGCCGGAGUCGUUCUGCAGAUGAAAUUGCAGGCAGGCCUGCUGCAAUGGAUUUGCAGAGUGAGAGCUCUGAGACAGAGCAAAGAAAAUUCCAAGUAUCCCAGAAAGAAUCCCCUCCUCAUUUGGAUGAUACUGAGAAGAAGGAAGAGCCUGAAGUACAGCUGGAUGAACACAUAGAAGAAGAGGAAGCAGAUGAGCUAAUGCUGGGGGAGGAAGAGGAGGAGAAGCCAGAAGUGGACCUUUGCCAGCCAGUGCUGGUGAGUCAAAUAGAAGGUGAAGGGGACCCUGAGCCAGACUGGAUCUUCCUGCGAGUUACAGCUAAGCAUGUGAUUGAGGUGGAACUGAAGGCUGCCAGAGUCCUUCACAAGCUGGAGCUGAAAUGCCUGGAGAAGGUGGACACCUCUGAGAUGAACUGGAAGAGGAUGGAUGUGGAGCAAAUUUUCCCUGUCCUCACGCUGCACUUCAGCUACAUUCGCAAGGACCGGCAGAAGCGCAAAUAUGUGGUGCUGGAUGACUGCCCAGAGCAGUGCCUGCAGUGUGUCCUUGAAGUGCUGUCUCCAGCUGUUGAGGAGAAUCGUCGAAACCAAGACCAGGAAAAGGGAUCCACAAAGCUCCAGUGCCUGAAGUGCAAGCAGGAGUUUUCACAGCCUGCUCCCUGGCAUCAAGGUUCUUAUCCUUCAGAGGCUGGAGAUGCCAAAAUCCUGGAGACCCUGAUUGCCUCAAAAAAAGAUGCUGCAGCAGCUGGUGAGCCCAUAGUCUGUCCCAGUUGUUCUAGUGACCAUGUGGUCAUCCUGCCUUCAGAGGUGUAUUCCAGCACACCUUUGCCAUCUGGCCAUGAUAGCACAAGUGAAGACCUAUCAGACUCUGUCCUGGAGGGAGGAAGCCAACAGGAGGGCCCAGAGGAAACGCCUGCCCUGGCCAGUGAGAGUGGGAAGUUCUACAUCGGCGGGGAGGACAGCUCUGAGAUGGAUACCAGCAACAGCACCAGGACCCCAGAGCCGAGUGGCGAGCACAACAGCGCUCUCUAUUCCAGCUCCCGCAGUUCAGAUGGAGGCAUCGGGAAAAAGGAGCUGAGCCUGAAGAGCCAGUACUUGUCCCUCAGCCACACAGACACAAACGGGGGCAGCUUGAUGGGUAGCUACCGCUACAGUGUUUCUCGUGGGCCCACUCCUUCCCAGCUCUCUUUGAACUCCGAAUCUGAGGAAACAUGGAACCUCAGUCCAGCUGUGAACAGCAUCCCCAGCAUGAGGGACUUCCGGUCUGUGGAUCAUCGCCUGAAGCUGUACCUGGAUAUGGAGGUUUUUGAAGAGGACACUGAGGAGUUCCAGUGCUUCCUCAAGGUGGUUAUGGUGAAGUUUGGCCGACAAGAAGAGUUCCUCUCAGUCCUGGUUGCCUCUGAUCUCAAGAUUUAUGUGCUGGAAGUCACGGGGGCUAUCAGGGGACAACCUGCAAAUUGGCUGAAGAAGAAUGACUCUCACUACCUGUCUGAUAUUUCCUAUCUGGAAGUGGGACUCUGCCACCAGAGCUUGCGAAUGGAGUUUGAGAACCCAAAAGCCUCCUACAAUCUGCUAAUGCGGAACCAAAGCUGCUGUGACCAGUUCCUGGAGACUCUGACACAUCUCAUGCAAGAGCUGCCUGCUAAGCACAGGAGUAAGGUGAAAGAAAUCCCAACUGUGGAAAUGAAUCCACAGCAUUGGCUAUGGCCUCUGCUGGACUCCAAGACCACAGAUUCUGCAGCUGCAGAUGACCCUUGUUUUUUCUACCUGCUGGCCUACCUCAUCCAAGGGGCAUCUGCUUUCCCUGUGACCCUGCUGAGCACCCGAAGCAUGCUGUUUCUGCUGGAGGAGAAUCACCAGUGGCAGGUGCAGCCCUCCUUGGAUGCAGACCAUGAGGCAGAAACGCCUCUUAAGAGCAACAUCCAGUUGAAGGAGAAGCAGAUGAUCAGCAGUAUUAGCAAUGUCAUAACCUAUCGACUCUGUCCAUGUGACAUCAAGCUGAUGCUUUAUGAUGAGGUGCUGAAGGUGGAGAGCACUUGGCACAUCCGCACAGAGUGCCCUGAGCUCCUGCUACAGCUGGUGGAGUGGAUCCGUAGGCCCUGGGAGGAGAUGUUCUCAAUCAAGCUACGGAAGGCUGUCUUCCCUAAAGCUGCCUGCUUCAAACGGGAGCCUGAUUGCACAAGGGGAUGAGGCAUGUUGGACUAACAAACCCCACAGAGAGCCCUUACCUGCCUGCCUGGCAGGGCGUGGCUCAGUCUGCUGCUGAAGUCUUUCACUGUCACUGGGGAGGGAGAAGCUGUGAGGCUCUUGGCACAGAAAUACGUUGUUCAUUGCUUAGGGGUCAGGACCCUUGUGGGCACAAGCAGGUACAAGUGAGGCUCAGACUUUUCUGAGCAGUCCAAAAGCAAGAGUUUAUUUUAACAUGAGUUUUACUAUU